AGCGCGCGACUUUCCCGGAUAACUUUGGAGAGCUUGCGCGAGCUCUGGAGCGCUUGGCACAAGACGCAACAAUGAAUGACACGGAGAUAUUCUGCAAAAACAACCAAACAGAGAACUUAACCGACUCAUCAUGUCCCACUCCGUCCCCGUACAGCUACAUCGACAUCACCACGUUUAUGCACAUCUUUCCAUCCAUCUAUGGCAUCCUAUGCUCUGUCGGAGUCAUCGCCAACGGACUGGUUAUUUACGCAGUCGUCGCGUGCAAGAAGAAGAUGGUAUCGGAUAUUUACGUGUUAAACCUGGCUAUUGCAGACAUGCUGUUCCUGCUGGUCAUGCCUUUCAACAUCCACCAGCUGGUCCGGGACCGGCAGUGGGUGUUUGGAAACUUCAUGUGCAAGGCGGUGGUGGUGGUGGACGUGAGCAACCAGUUCACCACGGUGGGCAUUGUCACAGUGCUGUGCAUUGACCGGUACAUAGCUAUUGUCCAUCCCACAUCAGAACGCAGGACCAUCCAGUGGACCAUCAUCAUAAACCUGCUGGUGUGGGUGGGCAGCUUCCUCCUCACUGUCCCCGUCAUGCUCUACGCCAAAGUGGAAAAACGUCAAACUAUGGAGGUCUGUAUGAUGUACCUGGACGGGCCUGAAGAUAUGUACUGGUACACGCUCUACCUCCUGGGCUUCAUCAUCCCCCUCAUCAUCAUCAGCACCUUCUACUCGCUCACCUUGUAUCAUGUGUUCAGCUCCAUACGCCGGGUCAAACGCAAGCAGUCGGUUUGGGCCAAAAGGGCCACCAAAAUGGUUCUCAUGGUCAUUGCAUUGUUUCUUAUUUGCUGGUCGCCCUAUCACGUGAUUCAAGUGAUCAAUUUGAGCAACAACACCCCGACCAUCGCCUUCAUCUAUGCCUAUAACAUAAGCAUUUGUCUGAGCUAUUCACACAGCUGUAUCAAUCCGCUUAUGCUGCUGAUUUUUGCUCAAAAUUACCGUGAGCGACUCUGCAAAAGGAACGCCCUGCACAGCUCUCAGCAUUCGUCCAAAGUCACAGUGGUUAAAACGGAUGGAUCGAGCACGGUGAAUGACCCCAGUUAUCGCUGCACAGUAAUAUGA